GUGCGUUCAUUGGUCCUAGUCCCGGCGGCGCUGAUAAACGUCAGCCCUCUUGACGUUUUGCGAGUGUUGUUAUACAUACAUGACUGAUAAUAAUAAAAUAAAAAAAAAAAGAAACAACAAAAAAAUAAGUACAAUGGUAAUUUUUUUAUAUAAGUAGGAAACAAGACGUUUCCGUUGCAGUGAGUGGAGGAAUUACUGGUCGUCAACAACUGCUGAGGGUUUAUAACGCGAGAACAGACCAGACAAAAUAAGCGCCAGGUGUUGAGAAAAUUUUUUUUCGAUACUGCGGAUGAAAAUUACAAAAUGACACCUUCUUAUCUAGAAAUAAUUUUAGUAGGAUUUAUACUAAUCUUACCAUUUCUCUAUGAAACCAGCAGUACAUUUAGAUAUUAUUUUAAAUUUUUAUUGUACUACGGUAUUGUUAUGGCUAAUUCAUUAAUUUUGAUACCUGUUAUGGUGUUCCGUCCGGGAAAUGUUAAAAAUCUUUUAUUGGCCUCAUCAAUUUGCCAUCACGUGAGCAAUUUACUUGGAUUAAAAUGGGAAUUGCGAAACCGGGAAAACUUGGAAAAAGAACAAGCAUGUAUCGUUGUCGCUAAUCACCAGAGCUCAUUGGACAUACUGGGGAUGUUCGAGAUGUGGCCGGUAAUGGACAAGUGUACAGUUGUUGCUAAAAAAGAAUUAUUUUACGCUUGGCCCUUUGGGCUGGCUGCUUGGCUGUGUGGUCUUAUUUUUAUUGAUAGAAUGAACUCUGAAAAAGCACGAACUGCUUUAAAUACAGCCACCGAUAAAAUAAAAGAAAAAAAGAUUAAACUGUGGAUAUUCCCAGAGGGGACGCGACACAAUACCGGAGAAAUCCAUCCAUUUAAAAAAGGUGCUUUUCAUGUUGCUGUUAACUCACAAUUACCCAUUUUACCAGUUGUAUUUUCUUCUUAUUAUUUUUUAUCUAAAAAAGAUAAGCGAUUCGAUCCAGGACGUGUUAUCAUCACAACUUUACCACCCAUACCCACCAAAGGCCUAGGACCGGAAGAUAUUGAAGCGUUGAUGGAAAAAACUCGUAAUUCUAUGACACAAGUAUUUUACUCAAGCUCUCGUGAAGUACAACAGUCGCUCAACUCAUGCAAACAUUAAAUUCAAUAAGUAUACUUUAUUUUAUCUUAAUGCUACUGAACAAUGGAAAUAAGUAAUAAUGAGCCAAGGGAAACGGAACGAACGUACAUCAAACUAGCUAGCUAGAAAACCAAAGACUUAUACGAACUAAAUUCAGUUUUACGAAUUGAUUUAAGUGUAAAAAUAUUUUCGAUUUUACAUUAUUUCUCCAGUAUACGACUUUUUGUCAUUUUAAACUUAUUUAUCUUUUAAUUAAAUUAUUAUAAUUAUUUUAUAAAAAUACUAAGGCUGGUCUCCGUGUCAUCCAACUUACUUUCGUACUAUUAUAUUGAUAAGGUCAUUCCAAUUAUUCAUGAAUAUCCCAUAGAUAAGUGAAACAAUUUUCAAAUAUUCAGUGUUUAUUUUUUUUGUUUCUUUUAAAUCUUUCACAAAAAAAUUUAUUUUAUUUAUUUAUUUAUUUAGUAAAAAACUUACUAGUCAAAUUGUAUUUACCGCCGAUUAUUAUUGUACUUUUUAUUUUAAAUAUUUUAUAAGUUUGUGAAAAUUAUUUUGUCAUAUUUAAUAUGAUUUUAAUUAUUUUGAAUGUAUAAUAUAAAAAAAAAAUAAGUCUUACAAGUGAAAGGAAAUCAUAAAUUGAAAGCACAAAAUUUCUAAAUAUUUAAUAAGUAUUGCUAAUAAUAGCUUUGUUAAUUAUUAAAUCAAACAAUUUAAUUAUUAAUUGUUUUUGCUAAAUUUUUUCUAAUCGCCUGCAAGAAAGUGUAUGUAAAUAAAAUUUACUCUUACAUUUUUAAAGUCACAUACGCUCAGUUAUAUUUUUAUCAACAAAUAAAAUUAAAGAUAACUUUCCGCUCAGGGAAAAAAAAAAAUAAAAGUAACUAGUAUUAAAUCAAUUUUAAUUUUUUAACCGAUGUAAUAACCCCAAAAUAAAAUAAAUCAUCAUUGUAAAUUAUAAUUUUUAAUAAUUGUUAGUAUGAGUGUGAAAAGAAUAAAUUUGAUUGCACAA